GGUUGGCUUCUAGCUAGUACUCCGUUUAGCAGCCAUGGCCGAGGUGAAGGUUUGUGCUAAUUAAAUACCCCAUUUCUUUUUUUUUCUUUUUGGGAAAAGGAUAGGCUUUUGUGUUUUAGUUGAUGCAUCGGCAUAGCUUCCUAAUUAAUUUUGCUCAUCUUCUCUGCCCUUUCUUCUGUGUCAGAACCUGAAUCUUCUUCUUCCACAUAAUCCUUUUAUGGAAACUUCCUUCUCUUCCAAUAUAUAUAUACUUGCUUUUACAGGUGACUACAAUGGUGCUAAAUGUGGAUUUACAGAGCUCAAAAUGCUACAAGAAAGUCAGGAAACUUCUCUGCAAAUUUCCUGAAAUAGGAGAUCGGGAGUAUGAUGAGAAGGCAAACAAGGUGACAAUUAAGGUGGUGAGCUGCUCGCCGGAGAAGAUCAGGGACAAGUUAUGCUGCAAGGGUGGUUAAAUGCAAACUUUGUCUCCUAACUUUAAGACUUUGCACAAUUUUGGUUUCUUAAUUUUUUUUAUUUCCUUAACUAUGAAAUAUGUAUGUUUUUAGUCAUUUCAUUAGUUAAUUUGUUAAAUUUAUUUAUAUAUACAUAUUUUUAGUCCCCAAAUUUUAAGAUUUUUCACAACUUUUGUCCCUUAAUUUAAAAGUUUAGGGAUAAAAAAUGUGUAUAUAUAGACAUACUUAAUAUAUUAAUUGAUAAAAA